AUGGCGGACAAAUCCCUCAGAUCCACCUGCCAUUGCGGCGCUAUCACCGUGAUCGUGCCUCAUCAACCAGAGGAAAUCAACGAAUGCCAAUGUACAAUCUGUCGGCGCUACGCAGCCGCUUGGGCGUACUACAAAGUGGAUGAAAUCAAAUUUGACAUGAAAGAAGGCGCCAAACUCUCUCAGUACGUUUGGGGAGACAAAGAGAAGUCAUUCGAUUUCUGUGAGAAUUGCGGAUGCGUAUGCUAUUGGUGGCCAUUUGAAAAAACGAUGCCAGACGGUAGUGCCGCUGAAUUCGGCGUUAAUACGAGGAAUAUGAAUCCUAUGGAAAUCUUGCACGUCAACCGCAAGAUUGAAAACGCCUGGCUGUUCCAGCCAAUCAACGAUACAACCAUGGCGCAUAAGGACGAUCAGGCCAAGUACUGA